UUUCAGAUUUAUAAAUGUAAACAAUUGAGUAUAAGAAACAUUCAAUUAGAGAGUUGAAUGUAUCGUCUAGAAGAAAUUUAGGACGGAGGAAAGAUGGCUGCGGAGAACUAAACUUUCUCUAGUAAACAUCAUCUCUUCUCUUUAUUCCUGGGGUCCCUCAUGUGGAAGUCGUUGCAAAUGAGUCUAAAAGCUUGUCUCUUGUUGGUCGCUAAAGUCUGGAGUUUCAUCACCUAUAUUUUCAAGAAACAGAUCAGAGUGGUUCAGCAGCACCGAGCCAUCAAAUACGAUGUAUCCCCUCUCUCCCAAAUAUCAAGGCAUCGUCUCACGAUGGUCCACAAGAAGGUUCUCGUCUUGGACCUUGAUGAAACUUUGAUACACUCCAAUCAUGACGGAGUUAUUCGUCCGACAGUGAAGCCUGGAACUCCGCCGGAUUUUAUCCUGAAAGUGACGAUAGAUCGUCAUCCUGUCAGAUUCUUUGUUCAUAAACGUCCUCAUGUAGAUUUCUUCCUCUCCGUGGUGUCCCAGUGGUUUGAGUUGGUUGUGUUCACUGCAAGUAUGGAGAUCUACGGAACUGCUGUAGCGGAUAAGCUGGAUGGAAACCAGGGUAUGCUCAAGAGAAGAUACUACCGCCAGCAUUGUACACUAGACUUUGGUUCUUAUACUAAGGAUCUGUCAGCCAUUUGCUCCGAUCUUUCCUCAGUUUUCAUCCUAGAUAAUUCACCAGGGGCGUACAGGGGAUAUCCAGAUAAUGCGAUCCCCAUCAAAUCCUGGUUCAAUGAUCCGAGUGACACAGCCCUGCUGAACCUGUUGCCCGUCCUGGACGCUCUCAGGUUCGUCUCCGACGUUCGAUCCAUCCUCAGCAGGAACAGAGAAGCCCAGAGACAGUGGAAUGUGAGUCAUUAAUGAUCAACGGUGAAACAGAGUCUGAUUACCUCACACACACUCAUCCUGCAGUCAUUCACACAGUAUCAGAUACCUUCAGCCCAGUUCAACCUUAUUAUUCGGUUCCGUCGUUUCCUAGAUCUGUACACGCCGGGAUAGUCUAGUUGUACAUAGACUGUACAGUACACGUGGGUUCUAGAUAUUGAAAAUUAAAGUUUCUAGUGGACUGUGAGCAGUUUUUCAUGUCGUGUUUUGCAACAAGAUAAUAUUACAAAGCCCUUGCUACAUUUGGCAUUACAAAAUAUUUAUUGUAAAUUCUAUAUUUUUUUGUGAUUUAACUUAAAUUAACUAACCCCCGGAAAUUGCGGGAAUUGUGUUGGAUUAAAUGAAAAGAUAUCGAUCAUAAUAAACAAGACUGCACAGUCAUAUGAAACGGAUAAAUAGUACGAACCCGUGUUCCUACUUUACUACCUUUUCCUUGAGUCAAACGAACUGUCGACAAUAUUCUUCGCUGCAAUAAACGUAAACCUGGAGGGUCUUCAUGCCAGCAGUUGGAAAACGUUUGACAGCUUAAAAAUGAAAAAGUGAAAACAAAUAGAAAACUGUCAACAGCUGUCAAGAAGUCCCCGUGACAGCAUCAUUAACAGCUGACCAUAGUGAAACCUGCCUUCAGACCUCUUAUCUAUAUAAUUGCCAGAAACUAGUUUCCAGUUUAUAAUCUAGGAUCUAGGUUCUAGAUAAACUAGUAAUCCUAUUUCAAGUUUAUGAUCCAGGAUCUAGGUUCUAUUAAACUAGACAUCCUAUUUCAAGUUUAUAAUCCAGGAAUUGGGUUCUAUAUAAACUAGUAAUCCUAUUUCAAGUUUAUAAUCCAGGAAUUGGGUUCUAUGUAUACUAGUAAUCCUUUUCCAAGUUUAUAAUCCAUAAUCUAGGUUCUAUUUAAACUAGUAAUCCCAAUUCAAGUUUAGAAUCCAGGAUCUGGGUUCAAAAUAAACCUAAUAAUUCAUUCUUCAGUUAGGUAUCUGUUUACCCGGUAAAAAUUAUUACGUGGGUUCUCGGGGUAUAAGGGGGAAUAUUUUUUCUUCAAAAUAAUUCAUCCCCCAUGGUUUUUACAUUCUUAUUCGCUGAAAUAAGGAAAAUACAAUAAUGUAUGGGUUUAAAGCAUCCGCGGGGGGGGGGGGAUAUUUUCAAAAAGUUUUUUUUAUAUUUUAAGUAGCAUAUGUGGUCAUACCUUUUAAUUCUCCUUUAAAGUAUCUAGUAUCUAGGUGCCUAGAUUUAAAGAUUUUGCUUGAAUCCAAUACACCUUUAAGUACCAGGACCCUACUAGGUUAUAAAGAAGAAUAAUGUUCGUUUAAACUAUUGUAAUCGAUUAGUUUGUUGAAUUCAGUUGAUAGAAAUAUUCAGAGAAUUGACCUGAACAGGGUUAGUUUAAUAAAUUGUUUUCCUACAGA